AUGAUGGAGUCGAUCUGGACCGACAGUCACGUCCCCACCGCCUCGCAUUUCAUCCUCGCUUUCUACUUUGCGCUUACAUUCGUCGCCGCUAGGUUCAUCCUCGACAGAUUCAUCUUCCGUAGUCUAUCAACUUGGAUGUUGAGGAGAGGUACCUCUCAGCCGAAACUAAACAAUGAAACUAAAGCAAAAAUAGUGAAAUGUUCAGAGUCCCUGUGGAAGCUUACGUACUAUGCUACUAUUGAGUUUUGUACUGUGGCAGCUAUCUACCAUGAACCAUGGUUCACAAACGUAAAGGAGUAUUUUACCGGCUGGCCUAAUCAAGAAUUGAAGCUUUCGGUGAAACUUGUUUACAUGUGCGAAUGUGGGUUUUACACAUAUAGCAUAGCUGCUCUCCUCGCAUGGGAAACGAGACGAAAGGAUUUCUCAGUCAUGAUGUCUCAUCAUGUUAUCACAGUCUUGUUAAUUGCUUUUUCGUACAUCACAGGGUUCUUUCGAGUAGGAACAGUUAUCCUUGCACUGCAUGAUGCUAGCGAUGUAUUCCUCGAAGCAGCUAAAGUUUUCAAGUACUCUGGAAAAGAGCUCGGUGCUAGCCUGUGCUUUGGUUUGUUUGCCUUGUCAUGGGUUGUCUUAAGGCUCGUAUUUUUCCCAUUUUGGGUCAUAAGGUCCACGAGCUACUAUUUAUGUGAUGUGUUGGACCUGUCUCAGCCUUACUCAACGGCGUUGUACUAUUUCUUCAAUACAAUGUUGUUGACCCUGCUUGUUUUUCACAUUUACUGGUGGAUUCUCAUAUACUCGAUGAUCAUGAGACAGCUCAAAAAUAGAGGAAAAGUCGGGGAAGAUAUACGAUCAGAUUCUGAAGAUGAUGACUAG